CUUGCUCUAUUCAUGUUCACUCAGUUUGAUACUCGAUAUAAUAUAAUCCCCACACAUGCAUACAUACCCCUCCCCCUCCCCCUCCCCCCAUAAUCGCAACUCAUUUACUGUACCUUGCAAAUUAAGGUAAACAAUUUCUGCUUCAUUCAUUGUUUCGUUGCUGUAGAUCUUCACAAUUUUUGUAUUCUGAAAUCAAUUUCAUCGUUGAACUGAAAUCGGAACCUCGUGAUUGCCGUCAAGUAAUACUCUGAAUCCACGCGCGCGCACACACAAUUUUGCUUAAAUUUCGAUAUAGCUACCGUUUGAACAGAAAUUGCGUUGGUUUUAGGCAAAGACUGGGAGGAGUUUUAGGGUAGGGAUCUGCAAGAAACCAGAAGCGAUAUUGCAAUAAUAUUAUAGGAGAAAGUGUUAUGGUUGAAUAAUGCUAUUUCAUGCAAACAAAGAAAGCUAGAUGAUGGCCACGAAUGCAGUUAUUGGACUAAGGGCAGGGGAAAGACUGUUGAGUUCAUCUUCGUACUACUCUGACGUCACUGAAAAGCUGCCAAGCAGUAGUGAACUUGGGUUUGUAGCUGUCCCGACUAAGAACGUGAUUGCUGCAAAAAAGUCAACCAACUACGGGCAUGGUUUCAUACCCAAACGACACAAUCAAGACACGCGUUACAUCAGGGCUCUAAAGGAACACGUUAAUACUGCUUCCGGUUUUUCUAGUAUAGACCAAUGGGUUCAGGGAUUUGAACACAUAGUGAACGAAGAUUCUGAUCAAGAGUUUUCAGUUGAAGCCUUGCUGUCGUUACAGAAGUCUUUGUUAGAAAAGCAGUGGAGUCUUUCAACCGAGACGACGUUGACUAAAGUUAACCCAACAGAGAAAAGCAGCAAAAGGAUUUACGUGAAUGGUUCUGGGAAGUCAGCGCGUAGGCGUAGAAUAGAUGCUCAGAGGAAAACAACUAACAAAAGAUUUUCUUCCAAUGAAGUUGGUACAAAGAAACCGUUGAAAUUUGUAAUCAGUCCCGAAUUGCUCCAAAAUCGUGCAAGUGGUUAUGUUAAGGGUAUAACAAGCGAUACGUUGCUCACUCAUGCUGAGGUGGUGGUUUUAUCGAAAAAGAUUAAAAUUGGCCAACGGUUAGAAGAGAGGAAAUCAAGAUUGAAGGAAAGAUUGGGAUCUGAACCCUCGGAGGUGCAACUUGCAGCAUCGUUGAGGAUUUCACGAGCUGAAUUGCAAAUGAAACAGAUUGAGUGCAAAUUGGCAAGAGAGAAGCUGGCCAUGAGCAAUAUCCGUCUAGUCAUGUCAGUUGCCCAAAAAUAUGCUAACAUGGGAGCUGAAAUUGGCGACCUCAUUCAGGGUGGUCUAGUUGGAUUACUACGUGGAAUAGAGAAAUAUGAUUCAUCAAGGGGGUUCAAGAUUUCUACCUAUGUUUAUUGGUGGAUAAGACAGGGUGUUUCAAAAGCAUUGAUUGAAAACUCUAGAACCCUAAGGGUACCUGUCCAUGUGCAUGAAAGAUUGAGUGCAAUACGACAAGCCAAGGCUAAGCUUGAGAAAAAAGGAAUAACACCGUCAAUUGAAAAAAUUGCAGAAAGCCUGAACAUGUCGACAAAGAAAGUAUUGAAUGCCACUGAGGCAAAAUGCAAAGUGUUCUCACUUGAUAGGCCAGCAUUCCCUUCUUUAAAUGGUCUUCCAAGUGAUACCUUUCACAGUUACAUGGCAGACGAUCACCCAGAGAACAAUCCUUGGCAUGGAGUAGAUAACGGGGCCCUCAAGGAUGAAGUGAACAAGUUGAUGACGACAUCUCUAAGGGAACGAGAAAGAGAGAUCAUCCGUUUGUACUAUGGUCUCGACAAUGAAUUCCUUACGUGGGAAGAUAUUAGUCGAAGGAUGGGGUUGUCGAGAGAACGAGUUAGGCAAGUCGGGCUUGUGGCGCUCGAGAAACUAAAACAUGCCGCCCGAAAGACAAAUCUUGAUGCUAUGCUAGUGGAACAUUGAUAUUUUGGACUAAGCAAAUUGCCUGUAUAUACAACCAAUAGAUACAUAUCUAUACAUGUAUACUUUGUAUGUAAAGGUUUAAUAUUUUACAAUAAGACUUGGUCUAUUGUGCAAGAAACAUUUAUACCAUGUGAUGAUAAUGAUAUUUUUCUAAUUAAACGAGGUCGUUCUAUUUGAAA